UGCAACACAGAGGAGGGGAAAUUUCACUCUUCAGGUGUUGUGCAGUCGCUGCCGGCGUGGAACAAAGCUGAACGUUGAUCGUUGUCCUGGGCUCCAACUGGCUGGCUGUGACUGGCUGCCUGAAUCUCCGCGAGAAUGGUUCUGUACUCCGGCCGUCUCCCCCUGUGCAAUCCCGGGAAGAAAUGACAGCGCCGGGAAAAGGCGAAGACGCUUGUUCUGUUGCAUUGAAGCAACGCACAACUCGCAGGCUUACAGCAUGCUGCCAAGGAUGUUUCAUGUUAAAUAUUGCUUAAGGUUGAGUUGUCUCUGGGAUCAAAUGUCUGCCUUCCAAGAACUGAUACAACAAACAAACCUGAAGGGGACUUGCUAGAAAUUUCCUGGUUUAAGGUAAUGGCUGACAGCCAGGAUCCCAGUGAGGGCCUCAGCCUCCUCUCCACUGCAGACCAGACAGAAAGCCCCAAGGAGGAAGAGCGCCAGAGCUCGCUGCACUGCCGGGUGCGUGUGGCUGGUCCUACACCGUGUGAAAAUGGGAAAAAAUGUUACAGAGGAUCAACACCUGAUCUGUUGUCUUCUGUCCCCGUGCAGACCUUGAACAAGUACAACGCUCAGUACCACAAGCUGUUCCAGUGUCUCCCCGCGGAGGAGGUGUUGAUGAAAGUAUAUUCUUGUGCUCUGCUUCGAGAUAUACUUCUACAAGGUCGGCUCUACAUCUCCAAGAACUGGCUCUGUUUCCACGCCAACCUCUUUGGGAAAGACAUCAAGGUUGCCAUCCCGGUGGUGUCAGUACUGCUGGUAAAAAAGCACAAAACAGCAGGCCUGGUCCCCAACGGACUCGCUAUAACCACUGAAUCCAAUCAAAAGUACUUGUUUGUGUCUCUGCUGUCCAGGGAUAGUGUUUACGAUGUGUUGAGACGGGUCUGCACACAUUUACAGGUCAAUGGGAAAAAGAUUUUGAGCAUUAAGCAGUACACAGCGGAGCCAAGUGACUUAUCCCUGCUCCUUCCGCACGACGAGUUCCUCCCUCCAGACGAGUUCCCCCCUGUUCUGAAAUGGAGGCGGAAACCCUCAACAGCCUCUAUCACCUCCUCUCUGCCCGACAUCCUGGGCAACUCCACCAGCAGCCUCAGCGCUGUGGACGCCUCCUUUCAGAGCAACAGCACCAUGCAAGAAAGAAGCCUGGAGACAGAGAAGACUGUGAUGGUGGAGCCUGUACCUGAACUGGGACACAUGGAGUAUCAGCUGCUCAAAUUCUUCAUUGUGCUAAUCUUUCUCCUGAUCUGCUCUUCCUGUUACCUGGCGUUCAGAGUUUCCAGUCUGGAGCAUCAGCUCUCCUUUUUAAAUACAAAUCCUCUCCUGCCAGCCAAUGAGAGAUAACCGGUCCUGCACAUCCCCCUAUCCAACUCCUGAAGAUCAAAUGGUACACACCUUCCCAAGACAUUCCUGUCUGUUACAGCCAGAAUGCUAGAAAAGGAAAUGCUAUAAGAAACACAACUGUUAAAAGCCUCUACUAGGUUGUAGUGGAUCACGGUCAACAAAAAGCAAUCAUACCUGAAUCUAACUGGAAAUCUGUUUUAUUAGGCUGGUAGAGGGCCAGAGCUCAUGAGGGCACAGGGCUUGAAAUCCAGCUGACCUACUGAAUACGCUGAAGUUUACUCUACUGGACAAUCUAUAGGAAAAUGAAUUGCUGGCCAGGAUUUUAGACCCCUUGAAUCCUCUGCUAUGGAAAUCUAGCCAGGAUGCAAUCUAAUAUACUGCUAUUCAGUCUAAUUCAUGCAACCGUUUUCCAUGCAAUGUGUCCUCCUUGCUUCUCUGGACCCUCCUUCCUCUACACGCAACCUUCAGGUUCCCUAGUCCAAGACACACUGUCUGAUGCACUUUGACAGUGGGCUUCACGUGUACCUCUGCCAGGUUGAUUACGUGAUCGUCCAUUAUACACUUGAACACUCCAAUUUUUCAGCCAUGGCUCGCCAAUACUUCAAAAUCAGAAGGCAAAUUGAAAUCCUGUCCAUAGCACAGCGAGAUGUGUGGAAUGGGAUUGUGACUGACACUAUACUGUUCUAAACAGUAUCUGACUGUUGAAGCACAUUUAAGAAGAAGGACUGAAGAGAUCAAUUCUCAGACAUUAUCUGGGAUGCUGACUGCAGUGGAACUGUAUCUUUUUCUAAGAUACAUCCAUUCCUAUGCAUGUGUGCAUAGAUUGAUUAACCUUACAGAAUAAUUCCAGUGGGAUAAAAUGAUAGCACCAGUGUAUUACCCUGAAGAAACUAGCUGAACCAUUUUACCAACAACAGCAUUACUAGCAAUGGCAACACAGUGGAGCACACAUUGCACAGUGCUCCUGCUGGGCGGCACACCAUUGGGAUACCACUGCUCUGUCAAAAUGUGAGAGUGUUACCUCUGAACUACCAAUGAACCAUGCCUCAGACCACUGUAGCUUCCCACUGGCAUUGCACCAUUGUACCCUUCGGACAGAACCAUUGCGUUGCCAUCGUGGUACUAAUGUAGUAGACAGAUUUGGAAUUAUAGACUUAUAACAGCCCCUGUUACUGUAUUUGUAUUUUUUUUUCCACAGAUGUAACGAUUUCCAUAUGAUAUGUAGUUAACCGUGAAAAAAUCCCAUAGUGAAAAUAUACAUAUUUUUUGAGCACUUACACAAAUACUUACACUUUUUUUUUUUUUUAACUGAUGCACUAGCUGUCACAUUUAGGAACCUGGCAGCCGGUUUAAUUUGCUUCCACUAAAUGAUUGAACACAUUGCAUAGAGACUGCACAAUUUCUUUAUAAUGUCUUCAGUGAAAACGUUACCGGCUGCAUCAAAGAUCGGAAACAUUUUGCUAAAGAUUGCUAUGUACGAUACAAGAAGGGGACAUUAUGGUGUUAUUUUCUAUAUUGAUUUAUGUUUUUUUUUUUAUUAUUAUUAUUUUGUUUGAUAAUUUACUGGUGGUGAAAAUAGAAUGCCUUUUUAAAGGUGGACAAAAAAAAAACCAAAACAAAUAUUUGUCAAUUUAGCAUUUACUGUUCCGAUAAGUAUUAUGUAUUUAAGAACAUCUGUUGUAUAAUAACUAUAGAGAAAAAUGAUCAAUUGUCAAUGUGACAACUCCAUUUUUUCUGCUGUAAUAAAUAUUAUGUUUAAUAAUGUAAUGUCUAUUUUUAGACCGCGGCGUGCCGUGAAAAGUCAUUUUUAGGGUUACAAAAGUGCAGCCCAACUUACAAGAUUUAAAUGCACCAUUUCACU